ACAGUCAGCAGCAGAGGCGCACGCUGUUAUAUUAUCAUGGCUCACUUUAAAUAUUGGAGAAUCGUGUCUACACUCAUUUAAGAUCAGAGCCUGAUGCCAAAAGCGUUGACGUGUUUGGGGAGAAACAGACGAGCCUUACCGCCACUGAGCAUUUUUUAAUCGACUGACAUUAAAUUUGGAACUGCAAUGGUCAUCAAGGUUUACAUCGCCUCCUCCACUGCCUCCGUCGCGGUGAAAAAGCACCAGCAGGCUAUCGUGGGUUUCCUCGAGGCCAAUCGAAUCAGCUUCCAGGAAGUAGACAUCACCAUGCUGGAGGAGCAGAGGCUGUGGAUGUACCAAAACAUCCCCAAAGACAAGAGGCCAGAGAAAGGCAACCCCCUGCCUCCACAGAUCUUCAAUGAGGACCACUACUGUGGGGACUAUGAAGACUUCUUCCAGUCAAAGGAGAAUAACACUGUGUUUGCAUUCCUCGGGCUCAACUCCAGACCCUCAGUUAAAGACUCUGAGUCAUAGCCCCGGAUCAAACUACUGCUAAAAAAUGUCCAGGGAACCUUAAAACGUUUCAACAAAACCACUUCCUGUGUUCCUUCUGCUACCAUAUCAGCACGUUGCCAAACUACAGAUGCCACCCUUUACCCUCCUCUGACUUGUAAUAUCAUUUAACCACCAUCCACGUCUCCAACAGUGUGUGAUCACUAAGAGAAGUGGCUUAAUCAGAGAAGACUGACCUAGUUUUGUUUCUUUCUUCUGUGUGUCACACUACAGUCAGUAGCAUAACUUCUGUGCAGAUUAAAACACAUGUAGCAGCUUUUGCAUUAAUUGAUAUAGCUCAAACCCUAAUGCAGCACAAGUCACCUGAAUACACACCUGCAGUAUCCUGUGUGUGCAUGCCUUAGCGUGUCUCAAUCAGCAGCUGUUACUGAAGGCUGUGUUAAAGAAGGGGCCUGAAAUGAAGCACUUGAAAGCUAAACAACAUGAAGCCUAGCCUUAUUGCCUGGCUUUAUUUAUGUAUGUAUUUGUAUGUUUAUAUGUGUUGUCAGGUGCUUUCCCAGAGGAGACAGUGACACUGCAGCUUACCACAAAGCCGAUGAGACCAAAAGCUAAAAAUCCUAAAACACGAGGGGUAAAAAUAUCACCAGCAUGCAUUACAUUUGACACUGCCGACACAAAGUUAAACCAAACCUUGUUUUUUAUAUUCCUACUGUCAAACUCAACCUCAAUCAAAGGUCAAAGUUGGUGUUACUUCGCAUGUUUUUCAUUGUCUAUUAAUCUACAGAAAAUACCAAAAUGCUUGUUUGUCUCUGCUCUUCUCUGUCUUGGAAAUAUGUAAAUCUAAACUGAUUUCACAUCUAAAACCCAAGCAAUUUCCUUGAAGAGGUAUACACCGUAGGUUUUUAGCAUGCUGCACAAACAGGACUAAAUGCAGCAUUUGCAGGGACUAUUUUAAGCCGUGGAUUAAUCCACAUUUGAUGGAGCAGCAGGACUGUGUAUGCAGGAUUGACUCAAAAUAAACAACAUAGCCUGGGUUUCUAAUAAUGAAAAAAAAAAACAUCCAGUGCAUCAUUGUUGGUCCUCUGAUAGAAUAUGUAGAAAACAUGAAAAUUGUACAUUAAUGCUCGCUUUAUCCUCUGACCAACAACACUAAAGCGCAGCUGCAGUCAGGGUCACACAAGCACACUUCCCAUAUUAUUAAUAUAACUAGAAUUGAUAGGUAAUUGCUCUAAGAUAAUCUAGUGGCAAAGCUUCCCUGCUUCUCCAGAUAUACAGACCUCUUCUUCACACAAUGUCCAAAUAUCUUAGAAGUACACAGAUGCUUAAGCAAGUUUAAGAUGACUCAAAAUCCUGUAGCCUAUUCUUUGUCUUCUUUCCUAAGAACCAGCAAAUUUCUCUGUGUAUCUCUAAUCAUUAUGAACUUAUCAUGGGUGGUUCAUAUGUUUUUGUUUACGCAUAAUACAGGAUACAAAUAAGCUGACAGACCCACACUUUCCAUUCCUCCCUUAAGCUCGUGCCAUUGUGUAAAAGGAUGUCAUUUUCACAUAUCAUGUUGGGAACAUCACAUUUUAUGUGCUUCUGUUGCUGUUGACUUUUACCACAUUCCUAUCCUGCUGAGUUGUAUCCUCAUUUAUUGUGAAAUCAUGUGAUGUGUAUGUUGCAAUUUUUGUCAAUGGACCCACCAUGCCCGUUGGACCACAGAUGACUAAAUGUACUUUGUUACGCCACUUUGCCUGUGACCCCUUUCUGGUUAAUUAUGGUGUUUUUUCUUGAAAAUUGCUCUGAAACACUUUAUUUAACAGAACAGAGCAGA